UUCGUCGAGGACAUCGGGAGCGUGUUCAUGCGAGUGCGCUAUUUUUUGAGCCAAUUAAAAUUCGGCGGGUCGACUUCGUCGCAUCUCGGAAGACGCCGGCUUCAUUCUGCGCUGUCAUUGGUCGAUUUUAAUUUACAGAAAUUGAAUAAGAUAAUUCUAUUUUUAGAAACUCCAUUUUGUUUUCACCUUGGUUUUUCAACUUAGCGUCGUGCUUUCAUAAAACUAAUUUCAAAGCAUUUCAACAAUUUUAUGCAGUUUUGUGAUAUUAAUAUAGUAGUACAGCGAAAAUACAAUGGAGGAAUUAAAAAACUUAAGUGUUUCUCGUGGAUACAUAAAAGUGAUCCGUCAAACGUUGGCUGCACUCGAAAAUCUGGACGCCGACGUAGCAGCAUGGGAUCUUCUAUUGCUGGGCAUUCUCAAGAGGAAAUUGGAUGCGUAUAGUGCACGGUCGUAUCAAUUUGACCGCGAUGAGGAGAGUGACCCGUCUGUAAAGGACCUACUGAAUUAUUUAGAAAGGCGUGCGCGUGCUCUAGAAGAAACCACGACCUCGGAGCAAGCCGAACUGAGUACGCGCAGGGCUCCCACCAUGCCCUCAGCGAAAAAGGUAGCGUUGGCGGCGACCAAGACUUCACUGGAAUGCGCAUAUUAUUCUUCUGCCGCUUGAGGAGACACAGCAACUGACUGCACACAAUGGCCUAGCUGAUCAGCAACAAUCGUCGCUCUCCUGCAUCCUGAAUACCAAGCUUGGCCAUGUCGUUGCUGGCCCGUUGGCUGCUAACUUCAUUAAACACCAGGUUGUAUCUCUCGUUUGUGCUAAGUGUGACACAGAAGUAAGUGACAGUAUCAAGAAGUUUUGGGAGACGGAGAGUGUUCCGGAAUUGCUAAUAGAAGGGGAUUCAGAGCAAGAGUUAGCUGAAAACAUCUUCACUAACUCAGUUAAAUUGGAAAACAAUCGAUUUCAAGUUGACUUGCCAUUAAAAUUAGAGUCUAGCAAUAUAAAUAAAACCUUAGGCAACUCAUUUGAUUUGGCCUUGCAUAGGUUUCUCAGUCUAGAAAAAAGACUGCAAAAGAAUAUUAACUUGUUAACUGAUUAUCAAGCAUUUAUAAAUGAAUAUAUAGAGCUUGGCCAUGGGCACUAUAUUGAUAUUAAUUCUUACAAUUUUGAUAAUGACCCGGUAUAUUUUAUGCCGCAUCACGCUGUAAUUAAUGAGCAGAGUAAAAGCACAAGGACAAGGGUAGUCUUUGAUGCUUCGAUGAAGACUAAUAAGAAGGUCUCAUUGAACGAUAUUUUAUUGAAUGGGCCCAUGGUACAAAAAGAGUUGUUUGAUAUUGUAUUAUUGUUUAGAUUUGGAGAGUACACUCUCAGCACAGAUAUUAAGAAGAUGUUCCGCAACAUAUUAGUAAAUCCGGAACACACUUCUCUCCAGAACAUUCUCUGGCGUGACAAUCCAAGUCAGCCAAUACAAUGUAUUCGUCUUGAUACUGUCACCUACGGAGUAAAGUCGUCCAGUUAUCUGUCUACACGAUGCUUGCAUGAGCUAGCUCAGAGGCACGAGAACGACUUACCUUUAGCUGCAUUUAUAAUAAGAAACUGUACAUAUGUUGACGAUAUAUUGUAUUCCUGCUGUGAUUUGCAACAACUUCUUGAGGCUAAAAGGCAGUUACGUGAGAUGUUAGGUUACGGGAGCUUCAGUUUACAUAAAUGGGCUUCUAACACACCAAGCGUGCUUUCUGAUACACCAGAGAAUGAACAACAAUUUAGUGUGCUUGAUCUACAAAAAGGCAAUUUUAACAUGAAGGCGUUAGGACUCACGCUUAAUAUUAACAAAGACUGCUUUACUAUUACCAGUCCCGAGUCAUUCAAUGAAAGGGUAAUUACGAAAAGGCAAGUUCUUACCUACAUUGCGAAAUUCUAUGAUCCCAUGGGAUUUGCGAGCCCCAUUAUAAUACAAGCAAAAGGUAUUAUGCAAAAACUUUGGUCACGCAAUGUUGGCUGGGACGAUAACAUACCCGAAGAUCUAGUUACUGAGUGGCUAGACUUCGCUAGGAGCUUGUCUACCAUGCAACCUAUUAAUUUAAACAGAUACAUCCCAACCAACACUGCGGCGACAAUACAGCUAAUCGGUUUCUCCGACGCAUCGAGCACUACAGGGUAUGGCUGCUGCAUAUAUCUACGCGUGGUCGACAAAACAGGUAAGGCUGAAUUACACUUGCUCUGUUCUAAGUCGCGAGUUAACCCGCGGGCUAGUCCACUAACAAUACCCAGGCUAGAGCUCAAUGCAGCGUUGCUUUUGUCUAUACUAAUGGAAAGAGUUUAUGAAACCUUACAUAAAAAUGUCCAGAUUGAUGACGUAUAUUUAUUUACGGACUCGCAAAUAACCCUAGCUUGGAUAAAAACAGAAGUUACGAAAUUACAAGCUUACGUGGCUAACAGAGUUAGUGUGAUUCAACAGAAAACUAAUAAAAGGCGAUGGCUCUAUGUUCCAUCUGCAGACAACCCUGCUGACUUGAUCAGCAGAGGUAUUAAUCCUCAGGAGCUCUCGAACUGUUCUCUCUGGUGGGAGGGACCAAAGUUCCUGCAAUGUGAGUAUAAAUUUGAUAACCAAAAGUUGGACUUACCUAAUGACUUACCUGAGAUGAAAGCUGCAAGCCCCGCAGGUAAAGUAGUACUAUCUGUCACUACAGAUGAUGAUUUAUUUAGAAUACUGGAUAGGUAUUCAGAUUUAAAUAAAAUGAUACGAGUGAUAGCCUAUAUUGUAAGGUUCUGUCAUAUCAUAAAAAAUAAUACAAAGGUCAAGGAUAAGGUACUCACUCCUGAAGAGUUACAACACGCAUUGCUGUUGAUUAUCAAACACGAGCAGUCUAUUCAUUUUUGUGAUGAAUUAGAAUCAUUACGUAAAGGAAAAUGCGUGCAGAAGCCCCUCAAGUCACUUCACCCUUUUUUAGAUAAAGAUGGGCUGCUAAGAGUAGGAGGCCGACUAGAUAACUCUGAGGUGCCUAUAUCACAAAAACAUCCUAUCAUUCUGGCGAAAACGUCUCGAAUAACAGAGCUCCUUAUCCAGAGUGAACAUAUUAGGUUGUUACAUGCGGGACCAAAACUACUACUUUCGAAUUUAAACCAAAAGUACUGGUUAAUUAAUGGAAUAAGACAGAUUAAAAAGGUCACUCAUAAAUGCUUGGUAUGUUUCAGGCUCAAGGCGAGUGCAGCAAAGCAACUGAUGGGGUCCUUGCCUCAACACCGCGUGACGGCGUGUAGACCGUUUCAAAAAAUCGGAAUUGACUUCGCUGGGCCGGUACAAGUCAAGAAUUCGAGGAUAAGAAAAGCGUUAGUUAGUAAAGGCUACGUUUGUAUAUUCGUGUGUUUUGUCACAAAGGCAAUUCAUGUAGAAUUGACCUCAGACCUCACUACAGAGGCAUUUCUCGCUUGUUUCAAGCGCUUUAUUAGUAGACGAGGCUUGCCCAGCGACGUGUUCUGCGAUAAUGGCGGUUGUUUCCGUGGGGCAAGGAACCAGCUUGCUGAACUGUACAAGCUCAAUAGUUCUAAUGAUCACCAGACGCUUGUGCAAGCCUAUGCCGCGAAAGAGGGAAUAAAAUUCCAUUUUACACCAAGUUAUGCACCGGUUUUUGCAGGGCUUGCAGAAGCGGCUGUUAAAAGCAUGAAAUUUCACUUAAAGCGGAUUGUAUUGAACUCUGCUUUAACAUAUGAACAGCUAAACACAGUAUUGUGCCAAAUCGAGGCCGUGCUCAAUUCACGACCCAUUCUCCCUCUCUCUGAGGAUGUAAGUGACUACUGCUACCUUACCCCUGGGCAUUUCUUGGUAGGAACCGCUCUGACUAUGUAUCCAGAAGUAGAUAUCUCUGAUACAAAAACUAAUAGGCUAGGUUUUUGGAAACAUUGUAUUAAUUUACAGCAAAGAUUUUGGAAAGCUUGGCACAAAUGUUAUUUAAAUACUUUACAAAAUAGAGGUAAGUGGUGCGAUCCUAUGCCUAAUGUAUGUGUUGGUAACUUGGUACUCAUGAGAGAACCCAAUUCUCCACCUUUGGUGUGGCCGAUGGCUCGGGUUGUAGAGGUCUUCCCGGGCAAGGAUGGCAAGGUUAGGGCCUUGACUUUAAAAACAGCUGAUGGUAAAUCAUAUAAUAGGUCUUUACAGAGCAUAUGUGUAUUGCCUAUCGAAUAAUGUUAAGUAUAGCAUUUCUCUCACUUAUAUAAUGUAAUAGGUGUAUGAUGUAUAAGGUCAUUGUGUUGUAGGUCAGAUGUGUGUACCUCAUUAUAAACGUUUUUUUAUGUUUCUAUUACUUAAUAAAGUAUUCUAAAUACCUAAGCUAAAAAGGUAAUAAGGUUAAUUAUAAGAUUUUAUAUUUAAUAAGCAAUGUCCUUACUUGUACUUAAUUUAAAAGUUUUAUAGGUCGUUCCAAAAAUUUGUUUACGUUAUCUUAGAAUGUACCUAUUGAAAAAUGUUUUAUAUCUAGUGUAAAUUGCAAUUCCUUUACUUAGAUAAUUUUGUGAUAAAUUCUUAAACUUAUAAUACGUUACCUGUCGAGUGAUAGUUAAUUAUAGUGAUAAUUGAUAAGCGAAUCGCAAUUUGGAUAUUGUUUUCUAAUGUUGAAUUAUAUAACAGGUAAUAAACUAUAUGUGUCAUACAUAACAUAACUAUUGAAAGGUUUGUCUUAUAUUCCUGCUUCUAAGCAACUAAAAUUUAAUUUCCUAAGUUUUAUAAGACAGUAACAGACAAUAUUAAUUGUACUACAGUUAAUUUUAAGUAGUAAGAAUCUUAAUUCAAAUAGUUAACUUAUGUGUAGUUAAAAUCAUUGUCUGUUCCUUUCCCUGGGCCGCAGUAUGUUGCUGGCAACACAAGUAUAAAGUUAAUAUUUUUUGGUAUGGCAAUGUUAAGUCUCGAAUGGCCGACGCCUCCCGCGAAAGUGUAAAGUAAAAGUGUAUUUUUAAUAUUUUUAUUAACAAUUUAAUUAAACAGUGAAAAGUAACAAUUUGGUGUUUUGCUGCAGUUGGAUUUAGAACCCUCGACCUCUCACCAUCUACAUACAGUCCA